AUGGGAGAGGCGACAAAGGCAGAAGACCAGCUGGUUUGGUUUACACUCUACCUUGUAAUCUACUUGGCGUUCUACUUUUUCACAAGUCCCUUUGUUGGGAAUCGAGAGUUACUUAACUCAUGGACGCCAUACGUUUACUUUUCAAUGGUACUUUAUGCCUGGCUUUUUUCUGCGGCGGCAUUACACACACCAGUGCAUGCAUUGGGUCUAUUCGAUUCUACCAUUAAACAACCCAUAUCGCUCCUGUUCCCCUUCUUCUCGGCCAGUUUCGUCUUCCUCAUAGCACUUGAAGUAGUUGCAGCACUGGUCUUAUCGCGACUUACGACACGAUUGGGUUUAUCCUGGCAUGUCGCACACGUUUCAUUGGAGAGGUCUUUUAUGAAUGUCCUGCGCAAUAGCACGGCAAUAAGUGUCGCUUGUGUUGCACUGAUUGUACACUGCGAUGCAACGUUUGACUGUGCAGCAACUUUAGAUGAAUCGAGAACAUACAAUGGGCAUGCAUGUGCACAACUUUUUUCAUUUGUUCAAUCGGAUGAUGAAGAGACACUUGUACCGGGAAGCUAUGGUGGUGCCAUUUUAAUCUGGUGCAUGGGGAUACUCCUUGCAAUUACAAACUUUUUUCUUGAGAGAAUGAGUGGAAUCCGCAUGAUUGCAUCCUUUGGCUGGUUUUCCGAUCGCACAGAAGAAGAAGACAGUGACGAGUUGGCUGAGAAGGAGAAUGGCCAGGAAUUUUUACCACCUGAGCAAAAUUUGUCGAUGGUACCUUGGUAUUCCAUGCUCCUGUUUGACACAGUAUUUGAAUUACUCAUUUCGCUCAAGGUAUUUCUUGGACGUUUUGAUAUGCGUACGAUGCAGCGUGCAUUGCAUCCGAAUGACAAAGACUAUAGCUUUGAUCACCUUGCUGAAAAAGACGAAGUGUGGCUCGAUUUCAUGGCUGAUUGUGGCGAUGGUUUUAACAGCAGUUACCAAAUUGCACGUUUACUUGCUCAACCACAGCUUGAGGUGGACUGUGAAGUACCCGAUAGUGAACAAGUGAAUGCUGAAGAUGCAUCUGACCACAAGAAUGGAAAGGCGGUGAAAAUGAAAAUGAUCAAGCGAGUAUUUCCACGCGGUGAUGCUCUUGUGAUUGGAGGCGAUCUGGCGUACCCACACCCCGACAGCCAAACAUACGAGACGCGUCUGUUUCGAUGCUUUGAGUAUGCAAUGAAGCCGCCAUCUUCUUAUCAUCCAUCGGCUAUUUCGACUCAAAAGAAGAUUCCCAAUGGCUUGUCAUCACUGCGUGACUACGAAGGCGUUAGUGCAUUUGCGAUCCCCGGGAACCACGACUGGUUUGAUGGUUUAAACACGUUCACGCGGUACAUUUGCCAACGCGAUUGGCUUGGAGGAUGGUUGCUUCCGCAGAAGACAAGCUACUUUAGUAUCAAACUUCCUCAUGGCUGGUGGCUCUUUGGUGUGGACUUAGCGCUGGAGAAUGACAUCGACACAGAUCAGUUUGGGUAUUUUGAACGUGUGGUUCAGUCUCAAAUGGGUUCUAACGACGCGGUAAUCGUGCUUACACACGAACCACGUUGGUUGUUGAAUGUCUACGAAAACAAAUCCAAUGUCGACGUGAAGCUUUCAUACCUCAUCGAGCACAUACUAAAGGGCCGAGUAGCUGUGCGACUUGCUGGGGAUAUCCACAACUACAUGCGUCAUUCACUGGUGGAGGAAAAACACGUUCUGAAGCGCCCCGUUUCCAUGCUAUUUGAUACGUCACAGACGAAAACGAAAUCAACGUCAAGCCUUCCGCGUAGGCAUUCUUUUUCGUCUCCUUUCCACAAACACUUUCCGCAUAUGAAGCAACAUGAUAGUGCCACAAAAAGAGAGCAGAAAACUCGAGAUGCCAUGGUUCAACCGGAGCUUCCUGGCGAGCAUAAACGUUCUGCGGAGCAUUUGAUUAUCUCUGGUGGUGGAGGUGCUUUCUUGCAUCCAACACAUAUAGCUAGUCCGAGUUUGGUUUCGAAUGGCGGAACGUACGAGCACAAGAUGAGCUAUCCACCGGCACAUGUUUCGAGACGCUAUGCAGUGCUGAAUGUUUUCGGCUUUCGUCGGCUUAAUUGGCGCUUCGAUGCUAUCGGCGGAGUCGGGUACUUUGUUCUUGUGUUCUCCAUGUUUCCACGCUGCUCCGUUGGAUCCAUUUAUGCAGCUGCAACGCGAUGGGAAGCGGCGUCACAGUUUUACCAGGAGCUUGUUCAUUUACUUUUUGACAUGGUGACGACAUCAACUGUGUCGUUGCUUUGCUGCAUCGGCAUGCUCUUUGCAUCAAUUGGGUUUGCAGACUGCACAACUUUUCCAAAAAGGUGUGCUAUGGGUCUGGCCGUGUUCUGCUUUCACAAUGUGGCAGCCUUCACGAUUCUGCUCGUUUACGAGUUUCUUCUUGAAGUGGCUUCUGUUCGUGGAGCACUUGGACGUGAGGGCGAACACACGCUCUACCUUUUCUUCAGUAGCACACUACCAGACUUUUCGGCAAUUCGCAAGUACGAUAUCUUCGGCCUUGCCUCGUUGUACGGAGACUUUAUGCGUCUUUGCAUGACCAUCUUUGACGUGCCGGAGGUAGUAGCACUGCAUCGUAACAAGAUUUGCACCUCGGGGUUCGAAAGCCUCGGACGCAUGGAGCUAUGGGCAUACUAUGCUAGUGUGUUCCCUUACUUUUGGGUGCUGGCCACGCCGGUGGUUAGCUUUGUCUUUGGCACGUACUUAUACCUGUCACUCAAUAUAUUUGGAUGCCACUACAACGAGGCCUUCUCAUCGUUACGAAUUGCUAGCUACAAGAAUUUUCUGCGGCUGCAUUUCCGAAAGGAUGGUCGACUCGAGGUUUUUGCAUUUGGAGUGGACAAGAUGCCCCACCGGUGGUGCAGAGAUCCAAAGUGGAGUGGAGGUAUUGGUCCACGAGCAUCUCUGGAAAGAAAUUUGCCAUCGUUUAAAUGGACGCGACCUAGUUAUUGGAAACCACUGGUGACGAAGGUGGACAAUAUGCUACGUUUGGACUUUGAAAAUUCCUCAUUGGAUGCCAAAUUUAACACAUCGGAUCGUUCGAAUGUGCAUCUCAUUGAUCGCGUGGUGAUUCACAAACCAACUUCAGCUCCAUAA